AUGGAGAAACAUACCCUUAAAAUACCCAGCAGGGCCCACCAGGUCCUUCAGAACUGUGUUGCAAAGAUCCAUCUGUUCCUUCAGGGAGACCAACUGGUCUUGGAUGUCUUCAAUGUAGAUGGUGCUGAAAUCCUGAAUUCAACAGUGGAGGCUCUAAAGGAUGGGCAAGUUGUGGCUGUGCCAACGGACACAAUAUACGGGCUGGCUUGCUUGGCUCAGAAUUCCAAUGCCAUCAAAAAGGUGUAUGACAUCAAAGGACGUAAGGGUCAGAAACCACUGGCCAUUUGUGUUGGAGAAAUCAAAGACAUUUACAAGUACUGUAAGGUGUCAGUCAAGGAAGAGCUGAUAGGGGAACUGUUGCCUGGCCCUGUCACUCUAGUUCUGGAACGAGCUGAAGUUCUCAACACUGACCUCAAUCCAUUCACUCCGUUAGUAGGAGUGCGCAUCCCGGACCAUGCCUUCAUGAGACGCCUCUGCCAGAUGUGUGGGGAACCUCUUGCCCUCACCAGCGCCAACAUCAGCUCACACUCCAGCACUGUGGCUAUACAUGAGUUCCAGAAUUUGUGGCCCCGGUUAGCAGUGGUGGUGGAUGGCGGACCAAUAGGAGACAAGAGUCGCUUGGGGUCAACAGUGGUCGACCUAUCGGUGCUCGGCAAAUACCGCAUCAUCAGACCUGGCUGUGCCUUCUCUUCCACAGUUGAUGUGCUGGAGCACAAAUAUGGACUGUCAGAAGACACAGGGGAUCAGUGAGGUUUGCCCCCUCCAAACACGCUGAUUCGAACAACUAGCAAGAACCUGUGCUUACCAUGGCCAAAUACAACUCUGAAUGCCUGUAACGCUGAGGCGAGUGACGAAAUUGAAAUCACUCAUCUUUUUAAAGGAAGGACAGUCCUUUUGCACAUUGCAGGCUAUUGUGGAAAGCUCUGGGUUUCACUUAAGGGAUUUGUUUUGUAUUUCUUGGUUAUUAGUUGUCCAAGCAUUCUUGUUUCUAUGGGAAAACCCAGGGCACUUAACUCAGUCUUUGCUUUACAAAUUUACUUUAUUGUGUGGAAACUAGGUUGUUUUAUUCAAGCAUGCUUACACCCAACAGAAGACCCCACUCUUGCCUCCUCUCUAGUGGGUUAAAAUGGCAGACUUGGCACAGAGUAAUGGUUGGAGUUCUACCCUGUUACUGUCAUUUUGAGCUAUGGCUAGGUUAAGCAAAGCUACUAUUUAAUUGAGUUAUUUCAAGUGUCUUUUUCAUGCAUUUCUAAAUCAAGCCUGUGUUUUAUGAACUGAUUCUGGAGUUUCAGGGCUGUGAACAUUGUUUCAAUGCAUUUUAUUUUCAUGGGGAAUUUAUUUAACAUGGUUUGGAACAAAUUUCAGACUGAGGCUGCAUAUACACAGGCAGCCCAAUUUCUUUUCUUUUUUUUGAACAAAUUGGUCUUUUGGCCAAUCAGAUCAGCUGUGAAAAGAUGUGAUUGGCCAGACCAAUGGGUGGGGAAAAAAUAUUAGAAUUGGUCUGCCUGUGUAAAUGCAGCCUGUUAGCUGUGCUCUAGUGUAUUAUUGCGUGACGGUUAUGAGAGACUGACUACUGGUUUGUAUAAUGGACCAAUGAGAGUAUGUUGAGAAUAAAUGGCAUGCAUUAUGCUGACCAUGAUGGCUUGUGUUGGUUUUCUCUCCUUGCCUGUAGUACUGGGUUAAUGUCAGUGUGGUGGAUGAACUACUUCAGAAGCUCCCGUCAACAGAACUCUCCCAAUUGCUUUUUUUUUUUUUUUGUGUCUUCUCACACAUUGGGAAUGUAGCUGGUCAGUAUUCAGCAAUGCAUAUACAUUAAGGAGGUUGCCUAGCGGUUAAGAGCAUUGGGCCAGAAACCCGAGAGGUCGCUGUUUUGAAAACCCUGAGCUGGCAAGGUGGAAAAAUCUGCUGUUCUGCCCUUGAGCAAGGCAGUUAAUCCCCAAAAUCUACUGCUCCCCGUGCGCCGUUGAUGUUAAGGCAGCCCCCCGGUACACUUCUGAUUCAGAGGGGUUGGGUUAAAUGUGGAAGAUGAAAUUUGGUUGAAUGCAUUUAGUUGUGCAACUUCGUAGGUUUUCCCUUCCCCUGCUAGUUUGUUAGAGAAUGAUUUAACAGUGACUGUGUGGACUGCCAAGCUGGAUCAACACUGCAGCUGUAAGUUGUUUUUCCUCACAGAAUGGAUAGUCUUUGUUUUAAAGAGAAGUCAGAGGGUACAUCCUUUUAUUCCUAAAAUGUCUGUUUUAAUUUUAGUAAUGGACAGCAAUAUUUCAGUAAGCCUAAGUACAUAUAAAUCAUACACACUGCAUUUAUCAUUCAUAUUCCAGUACCCAGCCUGACCUGACUAUACAUUUACAUUUCCUGCACAUGAGAGUGACAGUUUAUUUCUAUAAAAUGUCAAAUUAUUUUUAACUGACAAUGUCCCGACUGUAAUGUUGAUUGAAUCUGAAAAACUUGUUUUGAACAGAUUGCAUUUAUUGAAACUGGUAACUGCUCGACUUAAAAUAUGAAAUUGUUGAAUGUAGUUUCUCUCUGGUGGUGGUGGUUGUUUUCUGUUUUCAGAUAAACGGAAACUGCUGUGGA